AUUUGUCCUAAUUGGGAGGUUUUCCGAGAGGUAGUUUUCAGACUGCGCCUCUAUUUGCAACCCAAGGAUUUCAGGUAGUGACAUCCUAGCCAAAAAGUGCAAUUACUGUAAAUGCAAACUGAUAUCAGGUGACUCAGAAUAUAACUUUCCCUUCAUGAGGCUGGUGCCAAGAGGAAGAUCUCUACCCACCAUAGACCUCCGCUGCAACUUGAUACAGGCCAAUUCUCUUUGUCCUCGCUUCGAUCGGAGACUACUUCAACCUUACAAACAAACGCUUCCGAGGACACAUACAAAACCUUCAAAUUCAACAUAUACACACAGGAAGAUGCCGGAUCAGCUUGUCGUAGUUAUUACCGGUGCUGGCAGAGGUGCGUCUAUUUCUGAAAGCGACUCUCCUUCGGACUAAAUCAUUUAUCAGGCCUUGGAAAUGCUUUGGCACGAAAAUACGUCGCGCUUCCAAACUGUACAGUUGUAGGAAGCAUUCGCGAUGAUUCUGCUCCUGGAGUAGCUGAAUUGAAGAAUUCACCAAAGGGAGAGGGCUCACAACUCCUCCUGGUUAAGAUAGAAAGUUCUUCACCAACAGACGCAAGCAAUGUAGUGAAGGAAUUAGAGGCCGUAGGUAUUGACCACAUUGAUAUCUUGAUACCUAAUGCCGGUGUGAGCCCUCCUAUAGAGCCCAUUGAUACAGUCGACCUUGGAGUCGUGACGAGCACAUUUCAAGUCAACGCUCUAGGUCCUUUGGCUCUGUAUCAGGCCUGUCUUCCGUUGCUGGAGAAAUCAACCAAUGCAAAAUUUAUGCCGAUGAGCAGUGCUGCUGGAACUCUCUGUGGAAUGCAACAAGGUGGCACUUUUGUCGCACCAUCCUACUGUAUUUCAAAGGCGGCCCUGAACUGGAUUAUUUUGUACGUGCAUAAUCUUGGUUUAUUUAUAACAGGGAGACUUGGAAUCUAACCGACUGCUAAACAGGGCAGCGCAUUGUAGCAACGAGUGGCUUACCGCCGUUGCCGUCAACCCUGGGUAAGGCUCUUCGGAAACUCCAGAGAUUUUCGAGGUACCAAGACUAACUCUUAUACUAUUCAGUUUGGUUGCAACCGAUAUGGGAAAUAAGACGGCAAAGUAUCUUGGUUUGGAGAAGGCCACAUGGACUGCGGAACAAAGUGCUGAAAAGAUUAUGAGUCUCGUGAGUUUACCGUAUACGUCCGAAACCUAUCAAUGCCUAACUUGCUACCUAGAUCGAGAAAUCCAGCCGAGAGAGUAACUCUGGAAAGUUUAUAGAUGCGAUUAGUGGCAAUGAGUUCCCAUGGUGAUAGCCGAGGUAAUUUUGUCUCAAUAGCUCAGCUAGUGGUCAAUUCUUGGCGGUAAAGGCAUUCAAGAGGUCAUAGUCAAGAGUGGCCUA